AUGACCGCUCAAUCGACUGACGUACCGCUGGCCAACAUACGGAAUGUGACCAUUGUCGCUCAUGUCGAUCAUGGCAAAACAUCCUUUGCAGACUCACUCUUAUCGUCUAACAAUAUCAUAUCAAAUCGUAUGGCUGGUAAAUUGAGGUUUCUCGAUUCUAGGGAAGACGAACAAGAGCGUGGCAUCACCAUGGAGAGUUCGGCCGUGUCUCUUCGAUUCGACAUGAUGCGGACUGGACCAGAUGGUAUUGCUUCUACUAGCAAACAUGUGUGUAAUGUGAUUGAUACCCCUGGACAUGUAGACUUCGCAUCGGAAGUAUCUACCGCUUCGAGAUUAUGUGAUGGGGCUUUGGUCCUUGUGGAUGUGGUUGAAGGUGUUUGCACUCAGACUAUUGCUGUUCUACGACAAGCUUGGAUGGACAGACUACGACCUGUACUAGUUAUCAACAAAAUGGAUCGUCUUAUCACCGAUCUCAAACUAUCCCCCAUUGAAGCAUAUCACCAUCUAUCUCGUCUCAUCGAACAGGUUAACGCUGUCAUGGGUUCUUUUUACGCUUCGGAGAGAAUGGAAGACGAUCUAAGAUGGCGUGAAGAACGAGAAAAACGACUUGAAGCUCGUCAAACUUCUCAAAAUGAGGUUGAUAUACAUGAGCACGAAGAUUUUGGACAGUAUGAGGAAAAGGAAGACGUAGAUUUAUAUUUCGCUCCUGAUAGAGGAAACGUUUUGUUCGCUUCUGCCAUCGAUGGCUGGGCCUUCAGAUUAGGGAAAUUCGCACGAUUGUACGCGGAUAAAUUGGGGAUCAAAGAAACGAAUUUGAGGAGAGUUCUUUGGGGAGAUUGGUUUCUGGAUCCCAAGACUAAAAGGGUGGUCGGGAGGAAGAAAUUAGCGGGGAGAGCUUUGAAACCGAUGUUCGUCCAGUUUGUCUUGGACAAUAUUUGGAAGGUGUAUGAGACUAUUCUAGGGGAUUAUAAUCCAGAUGCUGUACAGAAAAUUGUCACUGCUCUUUCGGUCAAAAUCUCCCCUCGGGAUCUGAAAUCGAAAGAUACGAGAAAUCUACUCAACAUCGUAAUGCAACAAUGGCUUCCCCUAUCAACAGCGACCUUCCAAGCAAUUGUCGAAGUUAUUCCUGCCCCUCCGGAAGCUCAAGCCAUUCGCGUACCAUUUAUGCUUCAUCCCGCAAAAGCAGUUGCCUCUGCCACCCCUCUCCCUCCGACGAACGAUACUGAACGAGCACUGUAUUCCUGCGAUCAAAGCGAGGCCUCGGAGGUAGUCACUUAUGUGAGCAAGAUGUUUGCUGUGCGAAGAGAAGACUUGCCCGAGUAUAAGCCUCGUGAGCUCACUGCUGAUGAGAUGCGUCGACGGGGGAGGGAAGAGAGAGAGAAACGGGCAGCAGUAUUAGCCAACCAGAUUGAGACUGCAGACACUCUUCCAGGUAUACCUCUCCCCGACAAUCAUGUGGAAGCCGUGCCAGAAGCCGACGAGGUACUCAAACCCCUCCAGGAUCUCAAUAUUGGAAUACCUUCAGGAAGCGUAACCAAUGGCGAGACGAUUGAUCCAAGCUCUGAAGUUCUACUUGGGUUCUCUCGAGUUUUCUCAGGUACCAUUCGACGGAACACAGCAUUCCUAGCCACAUUACCGAAAUACGAUCCGACAUUACCCCCAUCACAUCCACGGAACAUCCCUCAUGUCGGCAAAAUCCAAGUCACCGACCUGUACAUUAUGAUGGGUAGAGACUUGGUGGCUGUCGAUAUCGUCCCAGCUGGUCAUGUAUGCGCUAUUGGGGGACUCGAAGGUAAAAUACCUCGUAAUGCCACGCUCUGGGCACCGUCUGCGAAGGGUCUAGUGACUGUAGAGGAAGUAGGUCAGCAAAAGCUGAUCAACUUGGCUGGGGUGAUAUUGCAAUCAGCUCCUAUAGUUCGUGUAGCAUUAGAACCUGAUAAUCCGGCAGAUAUGGCGAAGUUGGUUCGGGGUUUGAAGAUCCUCAGUCAGGCUGACCCUUGUGCGGAAUAUCUCGUUCAGGAAACAGGAGAACAUGUCAUACUGACUGCUGGUGAACUGCAUCUUGAGCGAUGUUUGAAAGAUUUACGAGAACGAUUUGCCAAAUGUGCUAUACAACCAUCAGCUCCAAUCGUACCAUUCCGUGAAACAGCCGUCCGAGCUCCAGAUAUGUCUCCACCCAAAACUCCAGGUGCACAAAGGGGUACCAUCCAUGGAUCUUUACUUAAUGGUUUGGUAACAUUCACCAUACGUGCUAUCCCUCUUCCUUCCUCCAUCACCGAAUUUCUAUCACUGAACGGUACGACGAUAGGUUCUAUGAUUGUCCAACAUCGCCCUCAUUCGGAAGAUUCUUCUGAUUCCUCCGACCUCGCGACUGACGAGAGGACGGAAGGAUCUCGUGUGAUCUCUUCCUCAGAAUUUUGGUCUACUUUUUCUACUUUGCUGGAUGAGGCAGGUUCGGAGUGGCAAGGCGCAAGUGAUAGGAUAUGGUCUUUUGGUCCUAAACGUAUCGGGGCGAAUAUAUUAUUGGACCCUCCUGGAAAACCGACAACGAGUCGAUUGCGUAGUAGAGAGAACCGUGCUGCUCUGGCACGAGAACAAGGGAAAACGAUGGAAGAAGCGAUCGCUUCGGCUGAUAUCGCUUCGGAUAGGGAAGACACGGAAGCGGUGAAUGAAGAUUCGGAAGUGAGAGCGGAGAUGAGGCUGUUAAGGGAUUUUGAAGGGAGUGUGGAGACAGGUUUUCAGAUGGCUAGUUUUGCAGGACCAUUAUGUGGGGAGCCGGUAGUAGGAAUGGCUUGGGUGGUGGAAAGUGUCGAGUAUAAUAGGGAGACAGAAUCAGAUGCUGGUGAAGGAAAAGGUCAAGUGUGUCUCGGCGCACUCAUUUCCUCUGUACGUGACGCAUGUCGAGCAGGCAUGUUAGAUUGGUCUCCUCGGAUCAAAUUAGCAAUGUAUACAUGUGACAUUCAAGCUUCGACCGACGUACUUGGUAAAGUAUACGCUGUUGUUGCUCGUCGUAGAGGUCGGAUAGUUUCGGAAGAAAUGAAAGAAGGAACUUCGUUCUUUACUAUAAGAGCAAUGUUACCUGUUGUGGAGAGUUUUGGAUUUGCCGAUGAAAUCCGCAAAAGGACAUCUGGCGCAGCUUCCCCACAACUCAUUUUCUCAGGGUACGAAACACUCGAUCAAGAUCCUUUUUGGGUCCCAUCGACUAUUGAAGAAUUAGAAGAUUUAGGUGAAAAAGCAGAUCGAGCCAAUGUCGCUAAAGGAUAUGUUGAUAGUGUCAGGAAGAGAAAAGGUAUGUUUGUAGAGAAGAAAAUUGUGGAAAGUGCGGAGAAACAACGUACUUUGAAAAGAUGA